CCAUGGAGCGGGGAGGCGGCUGCGCUGUGGGGUGCGGCUCAGGCCGCGGGCAGCGAGACCCCGUGGGGGGGACUCUGACAAGCCAUGUGGCUCCCAGAUGGCAUGGGGACAGGCCACUGUGCAGGGUCCGAGGUUAUCAGCCUGUGCCCGAGGUGCCUGUGGAGAGGCUCCCGUGCCACAGUGAGACGCUGACAACCACCGCCAAGAGGCUCCAGGAGAUGUCAGGCACAGCCGAGCCGCCCCAGGAUGUAUCAGACACAGAUGAGCUGCCUACUGAGGCCCUACCAGUUCUGCCCAGCACGGUGCCAUCCCCAGAGACUGGGAAGGAUCCCUCUGGGAUAAAGCUGCCUCCCUGGCUUGGAAAGUGGGGGACUCGCCCCGAGAAGGAGUCCACCACCGCAGUGCCGGGGCUGCCCCCCACCCCACCCACGCCUGCAGAGAAGCCCAGCCAGUCGGUGCCCCAGCGGAGCUGCGUGAGCCGCAACUGGCAGAAGGAGACACUUGUGGACCCCCUGGACUCUCGGAAGGAUUUGGGCUGUGAGGACUUCCAGCGUGGCUACCAUGGACUACCGAUCCACCAGUUCCUGUCCUCACUCACUGACAGCUCUGCCUCGAAGUACUGCCCACCUACCAGGGUCCUGCUGCUGGGGCAAGGGCAGCGGAAGGCCACACUGGCAUCCAUGCUCUAUGAGAAAUACAGUAAGGAGACGGAGGAGGAAAUCCAUCCCCGCCCGAGGCGCAUGAAAUCUGUCUCCACCACGCACCAGGACUUCCGUGCCAUGGGCUUCCAGUCCACACCCCAGCCCAUCACUCAGCCUCACAACUACUUAACAGAGCAGCCAACCAGCUUCUGGCUGGAGCAAGCCCGUGGACAGCUGGGUGUCACCAGCCUCUUCGGCAGAAACAUUCCCUUCAAGAAGAAUGCAGCCUUCUCCACUCCCAUUACCAUGUACCUAGGGCAUCCUGAGCCUUUCAACCUCUCUGACCCCUACGACCCCCUGAGCAGCCAGCUCCAGCCCCACAAGCAAUAAAAAACAAGGGGACACAGGUGGUCCCAGCAUCCUUGCCCACCCCAA